AUAUGUAUUUGUUUUGUUCCAGAAGGCGCGUAUAUUUUCACACAUUUCAUUUAGUUUCUCAUCGUGCAAAUAAUACCCAACGAAUCGGUUCCGAGCAAUAGAAUUGGAUGGACGUAAUCGAAAUCGAUUCCCACACACCUGAUACUACACAACGAAGCGACCACCAUGAUACAAUUGAACGUGUAGCGCUGAAGAACAUCACGUAUGAAUUGUUUUUUCGAAACUUUAUGCAACCAAACCGUGCCGUUGUUGUGGAAGGAGUUGCCACCGAUUGGCAGUGCUAUCAGCGUUGGAUCGAUCGGACGGUGGCUCCUCCGAAGCUAGAUGUAUCGUACCUGAAAGGGAUACUGCCAAACGUGCCUGUUCCGGUGGCCGACUGUGGAAAACAGCAUUACAAUUCGCACGAAAAGAUUGAGCUAGCUCUGUAUGACUUUCUGCAGUCUUGGGAGUCCGAUGAAACGAACGCUGAUCAGCGGCAAAGGCAACGCAACCGAUACUACCUCAAGGAUUGGCAUCUGCGUAGUGAACUUCCGCAGUAUAGCUUCUACCGUACACCGGCCCUAUUCGCAUCCGACUGGUUGAACGAAUAUCUCGUCGAGAAUGGGUCAGACGACUAUCGAUUUGUGUACAUCGGACCGAAAGGCACGUGGACUGCCUUCCACGCGGAUGUGUUUGGUUCGUACAGCUGGUCGGUGAAUAUUUUUGGCCGGAAGCUAUGGUAUCUGUUGCCCCCUGGUGAAGAGCAAAAACUGCUCAACAGUCGGCGCAAUUUACCAUUCAUUGUCACGGAGCAAACGCUUCAGGAUGCUGGAGUGGUAUUUUUCUCGAUUCUGCAGGAAGCGGGAGAAGCAAUAUUUGUACCGUCCGGCUGGUACCAUCAGGUGCAGAACGUUGAGGAUGCGAUAUCGGUUAAUCAUAAUUGGUUUAAUGGAUGCAACGUUGGCACGAUAUGGAACAAUCUUCGUGGCGCUUUGGAUGAUGUUCGGCGUGAGAUUGACGAUUGCCGCGAUAUGGACAACUUUGACGAGCACUGCCAGGUGAUGCUGAAGGCAAGCUUCGGCAUAGAUUAUGCCGAUUUCUUGGCAAUCAUUCAAUACGUCUGUGAUAAACGGUUAGCGAGCUUUAAAGAAGGCAGCACGGUGCAGCAAAUAGAUAAUUACGUACUAGGAGGGAAGCACUUGAUGUACGAUUUAAUCACCAUUCGCAAUUUGCUCAUGGAGAUCGAGGAACAGGAUUCGCUAGCCUAUUAUCCUGCACUAAACGAUUUGGUCUUGUCCUGUUUGAAACGAAUUGAAGCUGUACUUUAGAACCUGUUGUACGAUUGUUUUAGUAUUUAUUUUCAAUAACAGAUAAAAAAAAACCCCGAACCAAAUAACUAUCCCCGAAAAAUUAAA